UAUAUAUAUUGGGUUUGAUUUGGUCAACAGUCCCGGGGGUAAAACACAAACACUCUCCUCCAGUCUCCACCGGAUUUCCCGGAUAAUAAUCCCAUUGACAAACAACCAAAUCAUAACAUUUAACAAACUUUGUUUCAACCCCAACCCCAUAUCAUUUUCCACACCUUCAAAGAUAUUUCUAUCAAAAUUCCAUCAAUCAUUCAUCCCUUUUUCCCAAACCCUAAUUCCCCACUUGAAUUCCACCAAAUCAUGUUCCAAAUUCACAUAAUUUAAUCAACCCACAGCACCAAAACCCAUCAUGGACAGAGCAACACAACUAAAACGAGGGAUUUCCCGCCAAUUAUCAACAAAUUCAGUGAAGCAACUAACUUCAAAGUUAAGUUUCAGGCGACAGAACUCGUUAGAUCCACGAUCCAACAACAACAACAACGGGCGGUUCGGGUUCGGGCGGCAGUCAUCUUUGGACCCGAUUCAACGGGCACCUGUUAAUAAAGAUGAUGAUGAACUUGCUGCGGUUCCUGGGAAUUUAGAUUCGACUAUGCAGUUGCUGUUUGUGGCGUGUAAAGGUGAUGUUCAAGGGGUUAAAGAGUUGUUGGAUGAUGGGGUAGAUGUGAAUAGUAUUGAUCUUGAUGGGAGGACUGCUUUGCAUGUGGCUGCUUGUGAAGGGCAUGUGGAUGUUGUCUUGCUUUUGUUGAGGUGUAAGGCGAAUAUCGAUGCCCGUGAUCGAUGGGGGAGUACGGCAGCUGCUGAUGCCAAAUACUAUGGACACAUAGAAACAUACGAUAUACUGAAGGCUCGUGGCGCCAAAGUUCCGAAAACGAGAAAGACACCUAUGUCUGUUGCUCAUCCUCGAGAAGUUCCUGAGUAUGAGCUCAAUCCUCAUGACCUUCAGAUUCGAAAAGGCGAUGGCAUCUCAAAGGGAGCGUAUCAAGUCGGUAAAUGGAAUGGCACAAAGGUUUCAGUGAAGAUACUAGACAAAGACUGCUCUUCCGACCCUGAAAGCGUAAAUGCUUUCAAACACGAGUUGACCUUGUUGGAGAAGGUUCGGCAUCCUAACGUGGUUCAGUUUGUUGGAGCCGUCACCCAAAGAGUACCCAUGAUGAUUGUUUCCGAGCAUCACCCCGGAGGUGACCUUAGAACCUAUCUUCAAAACAACGGACGCUUGUCGCUAUCCAAAGCUCUUAAAUUUGCGCUUGAUAUCGCCAGGGGAAUGAAUUAUCUUCAUGAAUGUAAACCGGACCCGAUUAUUCACUGUGAUUUAAAGCCAAAAAAUAUUUUUCUGGAUAUCGGUGGCCAGUUGAAGGUUGCAGGUUUCGGGUUAAUCAGAUUGUCGAAAGUUUCACCAAAUAAAGCAAGAUUAGCGCGGCCCGAUACCAUCGAUCCAACAAAUCUAUAUGUUGCACCAGAGAUUUAUAAUGAUGAACUAUUCGAUAGACGUGUGGAUGCGUACUCAUUUGGCCUUAUUCUUUAUGAGAUGAUAGAGGGUGUCCAACCAUUUCAUCCAAAGGUUCCGGAAGAGGCUAUUAAGCUUCUGUGUGUAGCUAACAAGAGACCGCCAUUCAAGAUAAAAUGUAAAUAUUAUCCUCCAGACUUAAAAGAAUUACUCGAGGAGUGUUGGUAUCCAGAUUUGGCUAUAAGACCACACUUUCACGAGAUCAUCAUACGACUAGACAAAAUUGUCAAAAAUUGCUCUAAACAUGGACGGUGGAAAGACACAUUUAAGCUCCCAUGGUUGUAAUUAUGGCUAUAGAGGCUGAAUGAUGAACAUCGGCUGGUGUAAAUAAUCAGGCGUCAGGAGUUUUGUGCACAGGUAUUAACAGUCGCGUAUGGGUAUACAUUCGGCUGUGAGCAUAAUCUUCAGCGAUAAUCAAUUGGAAUAUGGUUACACCUUGUGUGAGAAUUGUUGUUUUGUGAUAUAAUACGAGUUGUUUUAUAGUUUUUCGUGAACUCAAGAACAUCAGCAAAAGUAGUUGUAAACUAAAAAGCAAUCACUGUUGAAAAUCUUUACAAAAUAUUGAUGGCAACAGAGGGAUUGGUCUUGUUUCUGCUUCUGUCUAUGAUGUCAAGUAUAAAAGUUUUGUGAGUUACAUGUGUUAA